UUAGCGUCUUCUUGAAAGAUUCUCGCCUGGAGUGAUUCAUGGUUCUGUAAGUGCAGUUCGGCACUCCCUGUGCCCCAAAACACACAACAACACUCACUAACUCAAAGAGAGGACUGUGGCAAGCCAAGACAUGCCGAACUGUAGAUCCAGUGAGCCCGGUUCGAAGGUUUCGGACCCACAGCACUCCCAGAAGCUCCUCAGAGUUCUUCGCACUUUCUGGCAGGAGCAAAGUUUCCACGAUGCCCUGUUGGUGGUUGAUGGAGAGGAACUUCCGGUUCAGAAAAACAUCCUGGCUGCUGCCAGUCCUUACAUCCGGACCAAACUGAACUACAACCCUCCAAAAGAAGACGGCUCCACCUACAGGAUAGAGCUGCAGGGGGUUUCCAUGGCCAUCAUGAAGCAGAUCCUGGACUACAUCUUCAGUGGGGAAAUCAGCCUCAGUGAGGAGACCAUCCAGGACAUGGUGCAGGCCUCAGACCUGCUCCUCAUGACGGACCUGAAGCUGCUCUGCUGCCAGUUCUUGGAGAGCUGCAUCACGGCAGAGAACUGCAUCGGGAUCCGCCUCUUCUCCCUGCACUACUGCCUGCACCACGUGCACUACGUCGCCACCGACUUCCUGCAGACGCACUUCCGCGACGUGGCGCUCAGCGAGGAGUUCAGGGAGCUCCCUCACGACCGGCUGUGCGAGCUGCUGGCCAUGGAGAAGCUCAACGUGGGGAACGAGAAGCACGUGCUGGAGGCCGUGGUGCGCUGGUUCGCCGACGACCCUGACCACCGCCGGGUCCACAUGAAGGAAGUGAUGUCAGCCGUGUGGCUGCAGGGUUUGGACCUGAGCUACCUGAGAGAGCAGUCCAUGGGGGAGCCGCUGAUGAGGGAGGUGAUCCGGGAGUUCUGUCAGAAGGUUCUGACGGACGGCCCGCUGCAGGGAGAGGCCAUGCUCACCGCCUUCAAGCCCAGAGGUUACUCUGAGUGCAUCGUGAUCGCCGGAGGAGAAGACCGCAGAACCAAGAAGCCCACCUGUGCGACGCGCUGCAUGUGUCCGCUGUACGACGCCAGCAGGCAGGCCUGGAUCGAGCUGCAGCCCAUGAGCACUGCCCGGGUGGGACACGGGGCGGUCUCUGCAGAGGGCUUCCUGUUCGUCCUGGGAGGAACCGACGAGAACAACACGGUCCUGGACCACGCCGAGAAAUACGACCCCAAUUCCAACACCUGGAGCCCUGUACCAGCCAUGCUGCAGGCCCGUCAGAACUUCGGCGUGGUGGAGCUGGACGGUCUGGUCUACGUCCUGGGAGGAGAGAACGAUGUCCAGGCUCUGACCACCGUGGAGGUCUUUGAUCCACAUUCCAGCACCUGGAGGACCCAGACCAGCAUGACCAUGAUCCGCAAGGUGGGCUGCUACGCCUCCAUGAAUAAGAAGAUCUACGCCAUCGGAGGAGGUUCUGAUGGGAAACUCUUUGACUCUGUCGAGUCCUUCGACCCAAAGACCCAGCAGUGGACGGGUCUGAGUCCCCUGAAGGAGCGCCGGUUCGGGUCGGUGGCGUGCGGCGUGGGUCAGGAGCUCUACGUGUUCGGUGGCGUCCGGAGCCAAGAGAGUGAAAACCCCGAACAGAGACAGAUGAUGACCUGCAAGUCCGAGUUCUACCACGACGAGAUGAGAAGGUGGGUACUUCUGGACGACCAGAACCUCUGCAUCCCGACCAGCUCGUCCUUCGUCUACGGCGCCGUCCCCAUCGGAGCCAGCAUCUACGUGGUGGGAGACCUGGACACGGGAGCCAACUUCGACUACAUCCGUGAGUUUCGGCGCAGCACGGGGAGGUGGCACCACACCAAACACAUGCUGACCUCUGACCUGUCCAAAACGGCCUGCGCCGCCCUGCGCAUCGCCAACUGCCGGCUGUUCCGCCUGCAGCUCAACCAGGGCAUGUUCCGGAUCAGGCUCUGAGUCCGGGUCCAGCUCCAGGGUCGCUGGGAGGCCCGACGGGUCGCGUUCUUCUUUGGGUCGUUUUGUAUUCAUCUGGAGACUCUGUUUUCUGGUGGGGGAGUUUUAUUUUGAAAAUUUGUGUCGACACUGUUUUAUUUUGUAAAAGAUAAAAAUGUUUGUUUAGUUUCUUCUUAAACGUAGAACAUUUAUUUUCUCAUCAAGCACCAACACUAGUUGACAUUCCUACAGUUAUUUUGCUGCAGCUGAGGCACAAAGUCUUCUCGUAUAAAGACAGCUGUGUCUGUUAGCAAAAUAUCUCAUGAACCACUGGACAGUUUUUAUUCAAACCUUUAGGAAAUGAUCACUGGAUGUUCUUCAACUGAUGGAGUCAAUUGAUUCAAGAUGGCCGCCACAGCUAGCUAAAAGUGUUGAGCUGAGGCUCCCCUCUCAAAACAGACCGAUAAGCAUUCCUUCAAGGACCGCUGAGUCAGCGUUCCUCAGCUGACUUCCUGUCUGUUUCCUGCAGGAAGAAAUGAAACUAUUUCUGCACCAGUCAUCCCAGUAAAGAUAAAAAUGUUAUUAAAACCAUAAACCCUGAUCAGAUAAAACUUUUAUUUUGAAAAACUUAAGAGUUUUUGUCAAACGUUGUGAAGAAACUGAUGGGGAAAAAAAACGAACCCUGAUGUUUUCCAGGGUUUUUCUGAAUCUUUCCACUUCUUCCAGCAUCUCCCUGUUUACAGUAAACACCUCAUUUCCAGACUGUUGACACCUCCGGAGCGUCUGCGCUGCGUUCAGGGACCGAAAACAGCCGAAGUUCACGUGUUGUGACAGGCUGGACUCGUGUCUCUCUCUCUGAGGAAGUUUAGUAAGAAGCUGCUGUUUCGUUUACGUCAGAGGAUUUUUAUCUGGAUGAAAAAAUGUUGUUUUUCUUUCAGCUUUGAUCCGUCAGCAGAUUUCACCUGAAUUCACCUGGAAGGCUGAAUCCUUUUAGCUUCAUGUGGAAAGAAAUUCUUUCAGCUUCUGCUCACCUUGAUUCCCAGCAUCAAGCCAACAUCAGCUAAAGAGAAAACAACUUUGAAACAUGUUCAAGUAACUUCAGCUGUUAAAAAGAUGAGAACCAAAUCUAUAAGUAGCUAAACAACAGCUGAAAGCUUCAUGGACUGUUUGGUACCAAAACCCCAUGACCAGCAGAACAGUAGCUAAAAGCUAAGAAUGAAUCAAGCACGUUGGUUCAAAGGAGUAACAGUUCUGGCUCUGGCGGCCAUCUUGACAGGUGAAGUUUUAUUCUGAAGGGGAUAAAAUAAAUAAAUAAAUAAAAAUAUU